AAUCGAAUCCGAUAUAAGCGACACCUGUUGCUAUUUUAACGAUACUGCGCGCACGACCAGUGCCACACCACACUGCGAUCCGUACCAAUCUGGUUCUUUAUUCUAUGCACCAACCUUGAUCCGUGCAGUUGGUUGGUGUGUGUGCUCUGUGCCGUUUGUGAGGUUGCUCAAGUUGUCCGUGCGCGUGACGACAAGUUAGCCUGUGCGUGUGCAUGUUGAGACUUGCAAAUGGUAGUCUGAGAAUUAUGAAGAUUCGAGGAACUGCUAUGGUUUGCAUCUUUGCAGUGGUUCACCUAUGACAACAGAUCUAGAACUCGGAAGCAUUAUGCAUGAAUUGGACACAGCAGAGAAAAUAUGCCUCACAAAGCAUCGGGAUGCCAUAGUCGCAGAUGUGGAGGCCAAGUUUGUGCUGCCCUACAUUGAAGCAGAAGGCAUCUUUUCAAAGGAAGAGCGUGAAGAUAUCUUGAGACAGGAUUCUGUCGAAAACAAGGUCAGACGCCUUCUUGACGUCUUGUGCGGAAAGGGUGAAGCUGGCUACAAUGUGUUCAUCAGGGCCCUAGAACAUGACAAUGCCUAUGGGUGGAUUGCACAGAAGCUUCGCAUGGAGCAUAGUAACAUCAAGAAAGAGAAUGUUCUUGUGCACAAGGUACUUCAGAAUGGGGGAGUGCCAUUUCGCCUCGUGCACCUGGUGAAACGAAGAAGGGCUGUGCAAGAGAUAAGAGAUGCAUUGCGGUCUCUCUGCUCCAGCGAGCAACGUUGCAAUGGAGCUGUGGUUCUGCAUGGCAUGAUAGGUUGCGGAAAGUCAAUCCUGGCCGCAGAGGCCUUGAGGGACUAUAGGCUGCUGGCCGAAUGCUUCCCAGAUGGGGUCUACUGGCUGCCGAUUGGCAAACUGCGCGAGCCAAGUGAUGUACUGCUCAAGAUGCAUCUUCAGCUCGAUCGCUUGAAUCUUGGCUCGCACAAGGAUGUCAGCACCGUUGAAAUGGCCACCUGUCGGUUGAAGCGAUGGAGUCUGAACGACGUCAAAGUUUUGCUGGUGCUUGACGAUGUCUGGUCCCCUCGAGUUGUGGAGGCAUUUACUGUGGGCUGUCCUCUGCUGGUGACCACCCGAGACGAUUCUGUUGUGAAUGACAUGCAUAUGUACAAGCGAUCCAUUCAUAUCAAUGAAGGGCUCACUCUUGACGAAACUCGGGAACUUUUUGCCAGCAUCUUGAAAAUACCUGAGCAAGAACUGCCUCCCGAAGUUGAAGAGAUAUGGAAUACUCAUCGAGGGCUGCCCCUCUUGAUGGCCAACAUAGCGGCCGUGCUGUUUCCCAAUGCCAAGCGGCCCGACAAAUGGAGGCCAUACAUUGAAGAUGCCCGUGUGAAGGGUCGAGUGAGGCAUGGUUCCGGCAGCACCUACGAUGCACCUUUGGAGCUCAUCAUCAGUAGCCUGGACUCCGAACAGCUCGGAUACUUUCAAAGUUUUGCUCUUUUUCUCGAAGACGUCGACAUCCCGAGUUUAGUGUUUGAGGUGUUAUGGGACAUGGAAGCCGGCGAUGUGGAGCAUGCUAUGGCUGGCUUGGUGCAGAAGUCACUUGUGCGCAUGGAGCCUGUGCACAAUUCUUACACCUAUGGUAUACACGACCUCUACCUCAACUUUCUCAAGAGGAAAGCCACCUCGCUGAAGGACCUCCACCGACAGUUUGUGGAAAAGCUGCUCAAGCGCUGGAAGCCUUGGACAAUGCCGUGUGGCCGUGGCUACCUUUACUGGUACCUGGGCUACCAUCUGGAUGAAGCCGGAAUGGAUGAGGAGUUUCGGGACAUCUUCCUCGACCUGCGCUUUGUUGAGCGCAAGGUUCGAUGCAACUGUCCUAGUGACCUCGUGACCGACUUGCACCGCUAUGAGCACCACUUCCGCUGUGACCCACAGGUUGCAAAAGAAAGGCUGGACAUGCUGAGGUUCUUGCAGCCCAACGCACAUUUGCUGUCUGAUAGAGACACAGACAUCAUCCAGCUUGCCCUGAGUCAACCACGGAGCUCCACUGUACAUCAGAAAGCCUUGGUCCUCGCUAGGGAGCGUGCUGCUGAAGGAGACCACCAGACUCCUUACUUCGAGUGGAUGAACAUGCCAGACAACUGGUCUCAGGCUGAGGUCAGGAUGAAAACUCUGAACGGCGGUGUGAACCACGCGGAAUUCAGUCCAGAUGACACCAUCAUUGCCUCAGCUGGGAAUGACAGCAUCGUCAGGCUGUGGGAGACUCACUCUGGCAAUGAGCUGCAGGCCUUGGCUGGCCACAGAGAGGCUGUGAACUUCUGCGCCUUCAGCCCCGAUGGCCGCAUGCUUGCAUCAGCUUCCUCUGACCGCCAAGUAAUCCUGUGGAAUGUUGGUGAAAGCUUCCAGGCGACUCCAGCAUCUCCCUUGAGCGCAUCAUCCAAAGCAGGCCGGCUGACUGGACGCCGCAGCUCUCGCUGCACUAAAUCUGCCUCUGUGGCACACGAUGCUGCUGUUCUUUGCUGUGCCUUCUCACCUGAUGGCAAGCUGCUGGCCUCCGGGGACGCAUGUGGGUUCGUCAAGAUCCACCGUAUCUUCAAAGGUGAACUUGGGGAAGAGAUGGUGAAGGCGAUCCCAAAGCAGGAGAAUGCUGUCCGCAGCUGUUUUUUCACGAGUGACUCUCGUCGCCUUGUGCUGGCCCUGAACGCCCAGUAUGUGGUCAUAUGGAAGGUGCCAUCUGAUACUCACACAGCUGAAACAGAGCCGCCAGAAAGGCCACAAGUCCUUGACCACACCGACAGUGCUGUUGUGGAUUGCUGCCUCACGCAUGUCCACCGGGGUGCCCUUGGUGCCAGGCAGCAAGUUAUAUCAGCCGCUGGGCAGCACAUUUGGACCUGGGACGUGCGUAACCCAUCGGCAGACAGCGCCAAGCGCUACAACGGCUUCUGGAUGAGCUAUAACCUGACGUGCUGCGCAGUCUCUCCUGACAAAACACUGAUUGCAGCUGGGACAUCACUGCGUGCCAUCUUGCUCUGGAAUGCAGACACUGGAGCAGCUUUGGGCAGCUUCAAAGGCGAUGCUGAAGAUGUGAAGUCUGUGCGAUUCUCCCACAAUGGCAGCCAGCUAGUGUCCUCUUCAUCGGAUGGCACGGUCGUGGUUUGGGAUGUGGACAAUUACCGCAGAUGUUCUCGAGUGGCACUCAUGCCAAUACUUGCCGUAGCCUUUGAGGACCAGAGCCCUUUGGUGGCCACUUUCGAUGAAAGUGGUGUAAUACAGAUUUCAUCAGGGCUCGAGACCAAACAGGUAGUCAGACAUGCCUUUGCUGGCACCGAGGACAACAGAUGCGAAGAGGUGUCAUGCUGCUGCUUCACUCACGACAGAAAGGCUGUCAUCUUGGGUACCAAGAAUGGUCAUGUCAGUCUGUUUCAUUUGGACACAAAGAAGUGUAAGGCUUUGGGCAAGCACAAUGGCUCCGUCACAUCACUACUGGCAUGGCCCGAAGGUCUGGCAAUUUCAGGCUCCCUGGAUACUACCGUGAAGAUCUGGCACAAGGACGGUUCUCACAGCACGCUCGUUGGCCAUAGUGGUCAAAUCACGGCACCAUGCCGCCUGUUUGGAGGCAACUUCAAGCUUCUGUCCUCGUCAGACAAGGGCGAGCUAAUGGUGUGGAACUUGAAGCAGUGCAGCCAGCCAUCUGUUCAUAUUGAGGCUCACAAGGGAAAUCCCGUUUUGUGCUGUGAUGUAUCGUCCGAUGGACAGUGGCUCCUCUCUGGAUCUACUGACAAAACCAUUCAGUUGUGGAAUGCUGAAACAGGCGAGCUGCUGAGUGGCCAGAUGCUUGACGAAUGCGUCCGUUGCUGCCGGUUUGGUCCAGACCCCAGAAGUGUUACUGUAGCAGCUGGCACUGAUGAAGGAUCUGUCUAUGUCUAUCUCUUGGAAGAGGACUUGCUCCAGAAGAUCGGCCAGCACAAGCUUUGGGUCUACGACCUGGCCUUUUCCCCCGACGGCCAGCAGCUUGCAUCGCUCUCGGAGUCCAUUUGCUGGUGGUCCCUGGACUCCUUGGAGUUUGCAUCAGCGCAGAGCUCUUUGGAAGACGGUAGCAUAGCGUCCUUUGAGUCACUGGCUCAGCCUCGCUGUCGCCGUCAGCUGCAGAGGUUCCAGCUGCAAAGCUCUAAGGCUGUGGCCCUGUUUUCAUCACCAGAUUUCAAAACAUUUGUCACUGUCGAUGACUCGGGAAUCCUGUAUGUGCUCAACAGGCUUGCUGCUGCUCAAGUGAGGGAGAGCUGACUGUUUUGUUUUUAUUUGUUUUUUUGUUUUGUUUGCUUCAUUUUGCCUAUAGUUGUAUUGUGAAGGAAGGCCCAAGUAAUGUGUAGCUUGGCAUACAGGCAUUACCAUUCUGUGCGCCUGUUCAUGUGAAGUGCUUUCAUCUGUUGCCACUUCUUUCACAUUCCAACUUGGUGGAAGCAAUUCUGGAGGUUCCUGAGAAGAAAUUCUCCUACUGUAGUUCUGGUUAAGUCGUCAUUGACAGAUCUGUUAGGAGGCCAGUGCUGCCAGUUGUUGUUGAAUUCACCAAGUUGAAUUACUACUCUGGAAGUGCGCAAUGCACAUUAGCUCUUGCACCGAGCAUGUGCACAUUCUGCAUAGUGAUCACAUGUGAUAUAAAGUAAGUGUUGAGCAGCGAGUU